UUCGACGUGAGCGGACGUUUUGAGCGCGAGUGCCGUGCCGCAGACAACGAAACAUCGCAGUGCUAUCACCAGAAUAAGAGCAGAAAUCGAAUCGCGUAAAUACAUUACUUCGCAGUUAAACGACAAAGAGAGAUCGCCCAAGCAAAGCAAAUCGCAACCAGUUGAUAAGUGCCAAAACAAGAGUCCAUUCCGACCAUGCAGCGCCCCAAAAAGUGCUCCCAACUGUGCUGAACGACCCGACAAACAGCAGAAAGUCUAACUAAAUCUCACACCACAUCUAUGUGUAAUCGAAUCGAAAAUGGCAGCCGAACAAAUCGCUAAAAUGGCAGCUAAAGCCGCAGAAGCUACAAAUAAACGGAUUAAGCCCCAGCAGGUAGCGACGCCUCUGCUAACGCUGCUGCUCCUGGCCACGCUCAGUCAGCUGCCGGCUGUGGGCAGCAGCAGCAGCCUCCUGGAUGCAGCCGGCCUCCAGGACAAGGAUCCGCUGCGCGAGACCAGCAUGAACAUGAUCCAGCGCAACUACAUGGUGAUGCACUCGGCCAGCGGCGCGGGCGACCACAGCCGCUCCCUGAAGCGCGCCAACCUGGCCAACUCGAGCAUCACCUGCAACGACGGCACCCACGCCGGCUUCUACCUGCGCAAGCAGCCCAGCUCCAAGAAGUGGAUCGUCUUCCUCGAGGGCGGCUGGCACUGCUUCGACGUGCGCUCCUGCCGCGCCCGCUGGAUGCGCCUGCGCCACCUCAUGACCUCCUCCCAGUGGCCGGAGACGCGAGACGUUGGAGGCAUCCUGUCGCCGCAUCCCGAGGAGAAUCCCUACUGGCACAGCGCCAACCACGUGCUCAUCCCGUACUGCAGCAGUGAUUCGUGGUCGGGCACGCGAACGGAGCCGGAUACCAGCGACCGGGAGAACAGUUGGCGCUUCAUGGGAGCCCUGAUCCUGCGCCAGGUGAUUGCCGAGCUGAUUCCCGUGGGCCUGGGUCGAGUGCCGGGUGGCGAACUGCUCCUGGUCGGCUCCUCAGCCGGUGGCCUUGGUGUAAUGCUCAACUUGGAUCGCAUCCGGGAUUUCCUGGUCAACGAGAAGAAGCUCCAGGUCACCGUGAGGGGAGUGAGUGACUCUGGUUGGUUCCUGGACAGGGAACCCUACACGCCGGCGGCGGUGGCCUCCAGUGAGGCAGUGCGUCAGGGCUGGAAGCUGUGGCAGGGCCUGCUGCCGGAGGAGUGCACCAAAGCCCAUCCCACGGAACCCUGGCGGUGUUACUUCGGCUACAGGCUGUAUCCCACAUUGAAAACUCCUCUUUUCGUGUUCCAAUGGCUCUUCGAUGAAGCCCAAAUGCGAGCGGACAAUGUUGGUGCCCCCGUGACGCCCCAGCAGUGGAACUACAUCCACGAGAUGGGUGGCGCCCUGAGGUCCUCCCUGGACAAUGUGAGCGCCGUGUUCGCACCCAGUUGCAUAGGACAUGCGGUGCUGUCCAAGAGGGACUGGGUCAACAUCAAAAUCGAUGACAUUUCCCUGCCCUCGGCACUGCGCUGUUGGGAGCACUCGACGCGUCGCAAGCGCCACGACAAGCUGAAGCGUUCGACGGAACCCUCGACAGCGGUCUCCCAGCUGCCCCACGCCAACAACCAAAGACACCAGAGGCACCGCCAGCGCCAGAAGCAGAACAACGUGGCCCAAAGUGGAGGGCAGCAGCGGCGGCACAACCACCUGACCAAGGAGGAGCGUGAGGAGCGGAAGCGGGUGCGCCAGGAGCAGCGGCAGAGGAGGAAGCAGCGGCGCCAGCGACAGCAGCAGCAGCAGCGCAAGAAGGCCAAUGGAGGGCAGGAGAACCGGAACAGGAAGAACAACAGCCCCAAGUCGAGUAAUGGCAAUGAUCAGCGGCAGCAGCGGCGUCGCCAGCAGUUGACUCCGGAGCAAAGGCAGGAGCAGCGCAAGAGGCGCCGCAAGGCUCAGCGGGAGCAGCGGGAGCAGCAGGACCAGCAGGAGCAGCCACGAGCAGCCGGCGUCGUCGCGGAGGACAAGUCGCGCUCCUCGAACAACGCCUCCGCGGGCACCAAGUCCAAGAAGCGGCCGCGCGUGCCCCGAGUGCCGGAGAAGUGCGGCCUGCGCCUGCUGGAGCGCUGCAGUUGGCCGCAGUGCAACCACUCCUGCCCCACGCUCACCAACCCCAUGACCGGCGAGGAGAUGCGCUUCCUGGAGCUGCUCACCGCCUUCGGCCUGGACAUCGAGGCGGUGGCCGCCGCCCUGGGCGUCGAUAUGCACACGCUCAACAACAUGGAGCGCACCGAGCUGGUCAACCUGCUGACGCAGCAGGCCAACUAGGCUCACCAAAUACCCUGUACAUUUGGGGGAUCCAAAAAAGGCACAAAAUCGAAGGGGACACAGUGGAUGUGGUAACCCCCCGAGAUUGUGAAGCUCUUUGUAGGUCUAGGGAACUCGACCCACUGUAAAUAGGUGGCCUGUGUAUAUAGUUCGUAGGUGGGGCCGCUCUGUAAAUAUCGCAUAUACACCCCAAACACACUCACAUCAGCGGAGGGAACUCCAAUUCCUAGAUCACACCAAGAAAAGACAUGCGCAUAGUACCCAGUAAUUAAGCAGAAUUUAUUCAUAGUCCUACUCGAACUGCAACUCGUAUUCGUAAUCGAACUCACACCCGCAUCUUUUAUUUUAUCAUUCGCAUUCUGCAAUCACAAUCAAAGAAAUGAAAUCUGCUUAACGAGAAACUAAACACAAAUGCAACCACAAGACUGUUUUUAUGUUUUUUUACUUAUAUUGUACGGACAAAUAGCCUAGUUUACCCAAUAAGCUAAGUAAUCGUAAAUGUUUAUGUAAUUUAUUCGGUAAUUUAUGGCCCGCUUGGGAAGGUACUUUUGUGUGGAACCCAGACUGUUUCAAUGCCCACGCAAAUGUUUAUUUUUUUUAUAUUUUUUACACAUUGUUUAUGCCUACCUCAGAUCGGAAAGAAUGAAAUUGAUGACCAGCUGCCUUUACAUAUCAUUGCGUACCUGUGCAACGAAUCAAAUACUUAAACUUAACUUAAUACCGCCCGCAUUCCGUUAAAAAUAAUACAACAGCACUCAAACAAAUGCGAAGCAGCUGAGCAGAGCGAAGUGAACAAAUCGAAUAAGUAGUUGUAGCAGUGUUUGCAAAGAACUUCUAGGGAAACGAGAGAAAUCGCACAAAACAAACUAUUUAAGCUAGUAACUUAUGCUAAGCCUGUACAGAACUGGUUGAAGUUUAGCCCUAAGAAUUGUUGUACUUAACAUAGUGAUAAUCAUACGCGUAAUGCAAUUCCCAAGCUCAUUAGCUUUUGUUAGCGUUGUUCAAGUGAACUGGUUGUCAUUUUCAAAAGAUGAAAUCGACCAAUAUUUGAAGAAGGAAGCCCGUCAAAUAAACCAGAAAGAUACCUUA